AUGACAGACAACAGCAGCCAUGUGCUCUUUGUCCUUUGCAGAACGAGAAGCCUAGAGCCCCCGACCCCAAAACGAGCCUUCGCUCGCACACUGGGACCUCGGGAUCAAACACCCAGACCCGCUCACGGCGGCGGGGGAGGGGGAGAAAACCCCACGCAGGAAGCGUGUCCUGAGCUCCGCUCCCCGCCCCCAGCGCCGGGACCUUGCGCCGGGCCAGCCGGUACCUGCCCUCCGCCCUCAACAGGCAAGAAGCAGCCGCGUCCACAUGGCUUCAGGUGUUCACAUGGCAAUAAACGGGCCCCCGGCCCUCCCGCGGCAGAGGCGCGCUCCGACGACCGGGCGCCUCAGCGCCGCUCCCGCCCUCCUGCCCGCCCGGCCCCUCCCCAAGGCCGGCCCUCCGCCCGACGGCCUCGCCCCCAGCCCGCCGCGAAGCGGCGAGUGCCGCGACCCCCGGGGCUGCCAGGGGCCCCGGGGCGGGCGGCGCUGACCCCGCCGACCCCUGGGCGCCGCCCGCUCACAUCCGCCGUGUUUGCACCAGAGGCCAAUGGGGACCAGAAUGUCACUGAUUCCACUACCAUCUGUCAGCACGGAUUGAUUGAGGGGACUGGCCCUGCUCGGCAGAUCAGUGACUUGUGUGAAGUGAGCCGGGGUGUCGGUGCCUUCAGCGGCAGGCAGAUGUCCUUCCUCUCACUCACUGGCUCUCUUCAGUACACAUACAGCCCUCACCUUUAUCCUUCAAUGGGCCCCAGCUCUCCUUCCUCUUGGGAGGGGCCUCCUGCUAACUCUAUCCCACCAAAAAGGAGGCCUGGAAUUCCUGCUCACAGUCCUCUAGGAGACAGCUUAAAACAGCCUCUGGUUAAGAGAGUAGGGAACCCCACUGCGGAGCCCAUCCCAAGCCAGGCACUUUCCCCAUGCAGAGCACCAACAGCAGGGGUGGCUAGAACCUCUGUGGGCAUACCUUCAUUCCACACAGAGCACCUGCUGUGUGCUAGGCUGUAAGCCCUGAUGAUGGCUAAGUCAUGUGGGGACAGCCACCUGCAGUUCCCAGGAGGGCUGUGCCCAGCACAGGGCUCCAGGAACGAGAGAUGAGGCUGCGGAGGUGGGCAGGGGUGGGAUCCUGCAGGGCCUUGUAACUGUGCCAUACUUGGCAUGAGUUUGUUUCACAGGGUCUCACAGUGACCUCUGCUCAGAUUUGCCCUUCAACCCUGCACUCCACCUGACUCCUCCAGGAUCCAAGUUGUGGCUCCCUCCUCAGCUCCCACUGGUCACACUGGGCUGUUUGUGACUGUAUUUGUCUUUCCCUCAGGACUCUGAGCAUUUGCAGGGCAAACACCUCUGCUUCAGCAUCCUGCAUAGGGUGAGGCACCAUAACCAUAAAAAUGGUAAUGUUAAUAAUGACAGUACAGCCCAGAGGAGUCCAAGCUCACUGGCAACAGACACCAUGUGUUUGCAACAACAUGAUGAGGUUGGUACUGUUACUGGUACCCACUUUACAAAUGGGGCCGCUAAGGCUCAGAGAGUUUUAAGAAUUUGUCCCAAGUCACACAGCUUAGAAAAGACCAAGCUGGGAUUUGAACCCAGGUCUUUAGGGGUUGUACUCUUAACCAGCAAGUUUCCCAGCCCUUGGUAAACACUGGAAAGAUGGAUGGACACAGACAGGUGGUGGGUCCCAAAGUCUACAGGAGAAUAGUGAAAGGAAUGUGAGGGGACAGCAGGGUUGGCACCAGCCUCUCCCCACAAGUCGCAUGUUAAAGCCUUGGACACUGGGCAGUUUGCAAGUGUUGGACCCUCAGACCCCAUGCCUGGAAGACCUUGGCCUGCCCAGCAAGCGGCAGUGACUGUGCGCCUGUGCACUUGUCUUCCCGCAGGUGAGCAGAGAGAACACCAGAGGAGACGCAGCUGAGCCACUUCAGGCCCCUGCACCCUGGCCACACAGAUCACCCUUCAGGCCUCAACACUCCUGCCACUAGUGGCUUGAGUCUCCCUGGGCAGCCCCUGGCAUGGAGGCCCAGCACAGGUCACUGAGCUGGGGGCCCAGCCUAGUCUCACUGAUGUAUGUCCCUUAGCAAAUCACUCGAUGGCUCUGAGUCUCAAUUUCUUCAUCUGGAAAUUGGAAUGGGUGAGAGGAGGGACUGAGUGGUCCACCAGCCUCCAGGAAAUCAGGUCCCUUACCAUUCACUCCUCCCAAUAACCUUCUGAGGCGGGGAUUGUCAUCUUCAUUGUACAGAGAAAGAAAUGGACAAAGAGAGGCCAAGAAACUUGCCAGAGGUCACACAGCUAGCAAGCUGCAGAGCUGGUCUGAACUCAGCCUUCUGGCCCCGGAGCUCCCGCUGAGUCACUUAAAGCACUACAAAGUGUUAAAGCUAAGAUGAAAUGAUCUAACAAUAGUAGGGACAAAGGCGUGUUCUAAGCACUUCACUUGCAUUAACUUGCUUAAUCCUUACAACAGCCCUAUGAGGUGGCUACUAUUUUUAGCUCAUUCUGCAGAUGAGGAAACUGAGCCACAGAGCAGCUAGGCAGAGUUGGAAUCUGGACCCAGGUGGGUCGGGCUGCAGAGCCCCUGCAUCGCUUUAUCAUUAAACAACAGUAGGGAGGUUCCUCUCCAUUGGGAUUAUUUCUGCUUGAAAGCUCAAGACUUUUAGCCCCAUCACUGUUGGGCUCCACAGGAAGGCAGUGCUGCAUGCUGAGGCAUGCUGGGAAAAGACUUUGUUCCAUCCUGUUUUGUUGACAUGCUCGUCAUUUUAAGCCUGAAACCCAAGCUUCCUGCAAAGAAUUCAAACCGUGGAGAAAAACGCGGCCAUGAUACAGCCACUACUUCCUGAGCCUCCAGCGUUCCUUGAGCUUGGGGCUCCAUGUGUGUCCUCAAACUUAACCUUCACAACACGUAAGUAACCCCCGCUUCCCAGCUGAAGAAGCUGAAGCCCAGAAUUGCUAACAAGAUGCCUAAAGGCACACAGCUGCUAAGUAGUAGAUCCGGGACUCGUCACCAGGUACUUCUUGAGAAUCCUGGCUCUUAACCACAUCAGCUACACCCCCGUGGGUGCGCAGAGAUGGGUCUUGUUUGCAGGGCUUGGAUGGAAAUGCUUCUGCUCAUCUUCUGCCUCAGGCUGGUCCCUCAGCGUCACAAUUCCUGGGCCACAGGGAAGGCACUAGGACACAGGUGUGAGAAAUGCAGACAUAAAUGUUCCCUCCACUCCAUCUAUCCCUCCAGUGACUCAGAAAUGGCUGCCCUGCCACCUAGGUGAUUGUCUUCUGGAAGCAGUCAUGCCCUGUGAGGUUCCUCACCACUGCCCUGCGUCUGCCCUGCAUCUCCCCAGGAGCUCACAGGAUAACUCCAAGUCACAUCUGUGGUUCCGGGGAAACAGAAAGCAGCAGAGUCAAUGGAUUCUCCAACUCCCAACUGGUCCUCCUGACUGCAGCCUCUUUUCCUGGCCCACCCAUCCCUGCAGCAAACUCAUUACUGUUACCGGAAGCAACCUUACUCCCCCUGGCUCAAAGGUUGUCGGUCCCAAGUAGCUUCAGAAUUCAAAUCAAUUCUCAUCCACCUGGAACGCAAAGCCCUUGUCUGGCUCCAGCCCCUUCCAGCCUUUCCUCACAUGUCCCAUUAUUCCUGUUUGCCAAACCAAAUGAGUUGUGUUCCCACCAUGUGCCUGUCUGCUACCCAAGGCAGGAAGCCCUUCCCUCUCCCCUACAGAAUGAAGUUACACCCUCUUUCAAGUCUUAACUCAAAUGCCACCACCUCCACAAAGCAUACCUUAAUACUCAUCAUAAAUUCAUUCAACAAACAUUGAGACCAAGGGUCCCUGUUGUUAUGGAGCUUUCAGUCCCAUGGGACCAUUAGGGAGAACAAGUCAUCACAUAAAUAAUCAUUUGGUAACAACCAUGAUACACAUUAGUAAGCAUGGCAGGAGCACAGAGGGUAUAUAAUGGGACCCCGGGUCUUGGGGAUCCAGGACAUUUGAGCUGAGACCUGAAGGACAGAUAGGAAGUAGCCAUGUGAUGAGGUUGGGAGAGAGCUCCAGGCAGCAGGCACAGCAUGGGCAAGUGCCCUAAGGCAGGAGGGAGCAAGCAGAUUUCCAGGAAGAAAAAGGAGGCCAGUGCAAUUCAAAAGAAAUGGGUAAGCUGGAGAUGCAGCUGGAGCAGGACAGCACAGACCAUGAAAGGCUUGGGGACUUUAUCCCAAAGGCAAGAGACGGAGCCGCUGAAGGAUUCCGAGCAGAGGAAAUAGUCAAUGUUCAUUUAGAAACGAUCCUGCCAACUACCCUAUGGCUGAGCAUCUUCUGAAAAGCCCAGGCUUUGUGUCCAGCCACCUCGAAGCUUAGACGUCUGGUCAUUUAGGGGUAGAGUUUUUGCUCUCGAGGGCAGGGCUGACCUCUGAUUCUCCUGCAUCAUCCUCACCACACGGAGCUGCUCCAAAAACAUUUGUGGAACGAACGGAUAAGACAAGACACUUACCAGCAUUUCCCCCGGAAGGGGCCAGGCUGCCAGAGGGGCCUUCCAUGUUCUCUG